AUGGCACAAUACAACAAAAAUGCUGUUCAGGUCUCGGGUGAGUAUCUACGACAUCUCGUUUUACAUGUGAAUGAAACGCUUCAACGACGCUUCGGAGACGCCGCCAAGUCAUUGGAGAUAAUCUUUGUGCUUACCGUUCCGGCGGUUUGGUCCGACAAAGCAAAAGAUGCAACACUUCAAGCCGCCAUAAUGGCUGGUAUCAACUCCAACCAAAUAUCCCUUGUGUCGGAGCCGGAAGCUGCCGCUCUACAUUCACUCAGGACAAUCCAACCAAACUCCAUCACGAAAGAGGAUGUUUUAGUGGUUUGCGACGCAGGUGGUGGGACUGUGGACUUGAUCUCUUACAAAGUAAAAGAAGUCGAUCCACUGAGUCUGGAAGAAGCCACACAAGGCACAGGUGAGAUUAUUGAUGACCGAGUGCCGCAAUUGAAUCACUUAUUUCUUAUCUCUAAAGGGGCUGUUUGCGGAUCACUACUACUUGAUGAGAGAUUUGAACGUGUCCUCAUGAAGAAAGUAGGCCUUCAGAACUAUCAAUCUCUUCCAAUAAAGUCCAAGGAGGCUGCUCUUUCCUUUUGGAGGGACAUGGUCAAGCCUACCUUCGGUGAAGAAUCUGACUGUGACUUUCUAGACGUGGAUCAUUUUGUUCCACUUCCAGGAGCAGCGGAUCAACCUGACAAGAAUAUAGAUGGUGGAUUUGUCCAAUUUGAAGGGUUUGAGAUUGAAGAGAUAUUCGAGCCAAUAGUGUCACGAGUCGAAGAAUUAGUUCGGGGGCAGCUUGAGAAGAUUUCCCGUAACCGACUUAAUGCGAAGGCUAUCGUUCUUGUGGGGGGGUUUGGCUCCUCAAGAUAUCUCUUGCAGCGGUUGAAGGGCAGUAAUCCUUCUAUUAUAGUAUUGCAACCCCCAAAUGCUUGGGCAUCCGUUGUCAGCGGAGCGGUUCUUCGUGGACUUGAAGGAAACCGCGUGGAGACGCGAAUUUCCCGACGUUGGUAUGGUGUUUCAGCCAGUACACCGUUUGAUAAAGCACGUCAUGCGAAACGUCAAAAACAUUGGUCAGAUAUUGAAGAACACUGGGUCGUCCAAGACAGCAUGACUUGGUACAUUAAGAAGUCUGCCAAGAUAUCCGAACGCCAGCCCAUCAAAUUCAACUUCUAUCGCGCAGUCAGGGUAGACCAAGCCAAUAAUUUAGUCUUUACAGAUGAUCUAUUCUUCUGCAACGACGAUAGAGAACCGGAUUUCCGUUGUGAUAGAGUACUUCCACUUUGCACCUUGGAAUCUGAUCUUAGCAAAAUCCCCCGUCAGCUCUUUGAAAGAAAGCGAAAUUCAAAAGGGAUCGAAUACUUCAAGAUCUCUUACACUUUAACAGUGAAACCUACCUCAGCUUUACUGCUUUUCGACUUGGAAUUCAACGGAAUCUCUUAUGGAAGUGUGUCGUCUCGAUAUUGA